GGCGCAGAUAACCCCAAAAGCUGAAAACGCGGUCAGAGCUUUUUUGGUGGUUUUCCAUAGAUUUGAUUGCACCCAGGUUGCAAUUCACUAUUUAAAACAGAUGGGAGAUCUUUUUCUUCAUCCUAGGUUUUAUAUGUGUGAAGGUUUUAUGUGCAUAAUCUUUUUUGCGCAUGCGUGAUUAAAUAACAGCUCCGAAAGCGAAUCUGGCGCAAAUUAUCCUAUAAGCCUAAAUAUUUGUUAAUGUUUCAGCGAUGUUAUGAAAUGAAAAAUGGCAGCUCGGACUGCAAUGACUGCCACCAUUCGAGCAGUUAAAAACACUAGAUUACGUCCAACUCGAGCUCCUUUAGUUAUUUCGCCUGCAGCUGUUUCAAGAAUUAAAGAAUUAUUACAGGAAAAGCCAACUGCGGUCGGUUUCAAAAUCGGUGUAAAAACAAGAGGGUGCAAUGGAUUAUCAUAUACUUUAGACUAUGCUACAGAGAAGGGAAAAUUUGAUGAGGAAGUUAUUCAAGAUGGAAUAAAAAUUUUAAUAGACUCUAAAGCACAAUUAACAUUGCUAGGAACUGAGAUGGACUAUGUUGAUGGACUAUUAUCUAGUGAAUUUGUCUUCAACAAUCCUAAUAUAAAAGGAACAUGUGGAUGUGGAGAAAGCUUCAAUGUAUGACAAAUAUGCAGUUUGUGCUUAAAUAGUGGAACUAGAGAGUGGAGCGUAAAGAAUGGAUUGUUAAAACAUGAUUAAUUCUACAAAUCAUUUCUAUACCCAUAAACUGUUUUGUUCUUAUUAUUUGCUCAUUUGGUUUAUGUAAUUUCAACAGUACAUUGGUUAAGUUAAAACUAUUAAAUGAACAGGAGCUCAAUCAAACAAUAUCAAUGUAUUUUCCUGAAGCAAUUAUAAAUUAUGUCUAGGAGUG